AUGCCUAGUCAAAAGCUCCCGUUUCAUAUCGCCAUUGUUGGCGGCGGCAUUGGCGGCCUUUGUGCUGCGCUGUCCAUUCACCAUCACUGUCCCAAGGAUGGCAGUAUCGUUAUUGAUGUAUACGAGCAAGCACCGGAAUACAAGGAAAUUGGAGCUGGUUUGGGCAUUGGGGUAAAUGCUGCCAAGCUUCUUCAUCGCAUUGGUGUGGGGGAAGACCUCAAUAGAAUCUCUGGCCAUCGGAAUGGUAUCUGGAUUUCGUUCCGCCGAUACGACACUGGUAGCGAGAUUGUUACGGUUCCAGUCGAUGACCGGCAAGAGAUUAGGCAAAGCCCUGUCCACCGGGCUGAGUUCUUGUCUCUUUUAUUUGAUCAUGUGAAGCAACGGAACGCGGCUACUCUUCACAUCAACAAGAAGUGUAUCGAGCUCAAGGAUCAAGGGAAUUUUGUGGAGUUGUGUUUCGCUGAUGGGACGACCACGACAGCGGAUUUGGUAGUUGGAUGUGACGGAAUUCAUUCUAACAUUCGCUCUCAGUUUCGCUCUGACAAUCCAAAAUACAGUGGUCGUAUGUGCUACCGCGGGUUAGUCCCAAUCAAGGACCUCGAAUCGUGGUGGCCAUUCGAUUCGUACUCAGUAAGCUGGCUGGGUCCGGACAAGCACUUUCUGGCCUUUCCUAUCAGUAGAAACACGUUAUUGAACAUUGUUGCUUUCGUUUACUCAGAUGAUGACCGCACUAAGGAAAGCUGGACAGCUACUGGCCAUCGAAGCGAGGUUCAGAAAGAGUUUGAGUCCUUCGACACUACCGUUCGUAAGACGAUCUCGUUCAUGAAUGAGAAUCCGUCCAAGUGGAUUUUGAACGACCGCGAGCUUUUGGACCAAUGGGUAUACGGAGAUGGGAAAAUCGUGCUAAUGGGAGAUGCAGCACAUGCAGUAAGUUCACAGUACAUGCAACAUACCAUUUGA